GGAAUUUAGUUUAUAGUUUAAAACAAAGAUGAUAAAAGCCCCUUUCCAAAACUAACCCACUCCUUACCCAGGAACUGAAACCACCUUUGUAAAAUUAACCCAAUUUGUCACAAGGUUAAAAUUAUGGUUCUGGAAUCAUGAAGCCAGAGGUCACAAGAUUUGUAAUCUCCGCAGUUGCUCCUAUAGAUAACAUCACUAUUGUGAAACUUAAGAUUUGUGUUUUAGGUAUUUUUCAGACCCUGUAUUCUGUUGGACCAGGUGGCACCACCUGGAGUAGUAAUUCAUACUAAGAAACUUCCUUCACUGGUCUUGAGACCCUACCCAGGAAAUGACUCAGUGAAUAAAAAGACAGCUUUGACUCCCUGGGAUUUCAUCCCUGGAGCAACAAAUGAGCAUUCUCCAUUACCUAGGCUCCUGCCUGCCAAACUAUCCUGGAAAAACCCUAGCCUCUGAAUUUUCCAGGAGGCUGAGUUGAGUAAUAAACUCCCAUUCUUCUUCUUGGCUAGCCCUGCAAUUGUUAAACUUUAUUUCUACUAGAAUACCACUGUCCCAUUGAAUCAGCUUUAUCUGCGCAUUGGGCAAGAAGAACUCAUCAGGUGAUUACAUAAUUCUAUGAAUUUACAAAGAGAGAAGAUGGAAACAACAUUGAUUUUCUUUUCUCAAAUAAAUAUGUGUGAAUCAAAAGAAAAAACUUUUUUCAAGUUAAUACAUGGUUCAGGAAAAGAAGAAACAAGCAAAGAAGCCAAAAUCAGAGCUAAAGAAAAAAGAAAUAGACUAAGUCUUCUUGUGCUGAAACCUGAGUUUCAUGAAGACACCCACUCCAGUAGAUCUGAGCACUUGGCCAAAGAAAAAAGAGUCUCCCCUGAAGAGGCAGUGAAAUGGGGUGAAUCAUUUGACAAACUGCUUUCCCAUAGAGAUGGACUAGAGGCUUUUACCAGAUUUCUUAAAACUGAAUUCAGUGAGGAAAAUAUUGAAUUUUGGAUAGCCUGUGAAGAUUUCAAGAAAAGCAAGGGACCUCAACAAAUUCACCCUAAAGCAAAAGCAAUAUAUGAGAAAUUUAUACAGACUGAUGCUCCAAAAGAGGUUAACCUUGAUUUUCACACAAAAGAAGUCAUUACAAACAGCAUCACUCAACCUACCCUCCACAGUUUUGAUGCUGCACAAAGCAGAGUGUAUCAGCUCAUGGAACAAGACAGUUAUACACGUUUUCUGAAAUCUGACAUCUAUUUAGACUUGAUUGAAGGAAGACCUCAGAGACCAACAAAUCUUAGGAGACGAUCACGCUCAUUUACCUGCAAUGAAUUCCAAGAUGUACAAUCAGAUGUUGCCAUUUGGUUAUAAAGAAAAUUGAUUUUGCUCAUUUUUAUGACAAACUUAUGCAUCUGCUUCUAACAUAUCGCAUGUUUAUGUUAAGAUUUGGUCCCAUCCUUUAAACUGAAAUAUGUCACAUGAAAUGACUUUAAAAAUGUAAAAACAAAACUUUUUGCUAACAAAAUACAUACAGUAUCUGCCAGUAUAUUCUGUAAAACCUUCUAUUUGAUGUCAUUCCAUUCAUAAUCAGAAAAAAACUUACUUAUUUCUUAAUUAAAAGGCAGUACAAAAAGUAAUAAUGUUUUAUAAGAUUGUAGAGUUAAGUAAAAGUUAAGCUUUUGCAAAGUUGUCAAAAGUUCAAACAAAAAUCUAGUUGGGAUUUUUUACAAAAGCAACAUGUGUUAUAUAAACAUAAUUAAUAAUACUCAGAUAUCCAAAUGUUCAGAUAGCAUUUUUCAUAAUGAAUGUUCUCUUUUUUUGGUAAUAGUGUAGAAGUGAUCUGGUUCUUACAAUGGGAGAGGAAGAACAUUUAUUAUUGGGUUACUACUUACCCUGUCCCAAGAAUAGUAAUAUCACUUCUAGUUAUAAGCCAGCAACAGGAACUUUCGUGAAGACACAUUCAUCUCUACAGAACUUCAGAUUAAAUAUAAUCUAGAUUAAUGACUGAGAAUAAGGUCCACAUUUGAACUCAUUCCUAAGUGGGCAUGGACAUACCCAGUUAUACGAAGCACUUCUGUUGGUCACAGAAACAUGACCAGAUUUUGCGUAUCUCCAGGUAGGGAACUGAGUAGACUACCUUAUCACCUGCUAAGAAAACUUGCUACUAAACUAUUAGACCAUCAAUGGCUUGACUAAAAACCAGAGAAGGUUUUGCCCAGGAUAUCUCAUGUUUGGCCCUUUUAGAAUUGGGGUAGAAAUCAGAAAUGAGAUGAGGAGUAGAAGCAAGGAGUCUAAGGCCCUGGCGAUUUGGGCAUCUGCCACAUUGGUUCAUAUUCAGAAAGUGUUAUCUCAUUGAUUAUGUUAUUGUUAAGCAAAUCUCCUUAAGUAAUUAUUAUUCAAAUAAGAUUAUACUAAUACAUCUAUAUGUCACUGUUUUAAAGAGAUAUUUAAUUUUUAAUGUGUGUUACAUGGUCUAUAAAUAUUUGUAUUUAAAAAUGCCAUGCAUUAGGCUUUGGAAAUAUAAUGUUAGUUGAAAUGGAAAAUGUAAAAACUUCAGAUCAUUUGUAGUAAUAAAUAUUUUUAACUUCAUUCAUACAGUUAAGUUUAUCUGACAAUAAAAGCUCUGACUGAAUGUUGAUUAUCCUUCCUAUUAUGUAAUAAGGAAUAAACAUAUUUUCUUCCUUUAGAGUAAUAUUGAGAUAGAAAGUAUUAAUUGAGUUAUUGUAUCAUUGAUCUUAAUGUUAUAUCAGUUGUUUAAACUGUUGUGAAUAUAAAAGCAAAGUAUCUUGUGUUUCAAAAUUCAACUAAAAA